AUUAUUUCACAAAUGUUUACCAUCACUAUCAGCUCCUUGCAAGUUGCAACAAGACCACCAUCAUAAACCUCCCACCUCAUUUCCCUUAAACCCUCAACAACCACCACCAUGAUAUAUCUCCGGCAACCCCUCGCCGCCCGCAACACCACCAUCUCCCACCUCCAUCGCCUCUUCCUCCGGUCUAUCUCCUCCAUUCCAUCUUCUCCCUCUCCCUCUCCCUCUCCGUCACCUCCCGCCACUCACGACCUCCUCUCCUCCCUUCCCAAAUCCUACAAAAUCACCCCUCCGAUCAAACCAUGGCCCAAACACCUCCCCCACAAACGCCUCAUCUCCAUGAUCACCCGUCAACAGAACCUCGACCUCGCCCUCCAAAUCUUCCACUUCGCCGGAAAAUUCCACCCCAGAUUCUCCCACAACUACGAUACCUACCUAUCCAUCAUCACCCGCCUCGCCCGCGCCCGCCAGUUCAGCCACUGCGAAACUCUAUUAACCGAACUCCAGAACUCCCAUCUCAAAUGCGGCGAAAUCGUCUUCGUUACCGUCAUACGGAACUACGGCCUCGCCGGCCGACCCAAGGACGCCGUCCGCACUUUUCUACGGAUUCCCGAUUUCGGGGUCAAUCGGUCAGUUCGUAGUUUGAAUUGUUUGUUGAAUUUGCUAGUUCAGAAUAAGAAAUUUGAUUGGGUUUAUUUGAUGUUCAAGAAAUGUGCUAAAUUUGAUGUUAUUCCCAAUAUUUUUACUUGCAAUAUACUUGUUAAGGCACUUUGUAAGAAGGGUGAUAUUGAGGGUGCGAUUAAAUUGUUAGAUGAUAUGCCUGGUAUGGGGAUGAUGCCUAAUGUGGUUACUUACACUACCAUUUUGGGUGGUUAUGUUUGGAAAAAGGAUUUAGUGGGUGCUAAGACCAUUUUUCAGACGAUUUUGGAUAGAGGUUGGGUGCCGGAUGUGACGACUUAUACCGUUUUGAUGGAUGGGUAUUGUAGGGAAGGGAGAUUGAUUGACGCGGUUAAAGUUAUGGAUGAUAUGGAGGAUAAUGGUAUUGCCCCGAAUGAGAUCACAUACGGGGUUAUGAUUGAGGCGUAUUGUAAAGACAAGAAAUGUGGUGAGGCAUUGAAUUUGCUUGGUGAUAUGUUGGAGAAGAGGUAUGUGCCAAGUUCAUCAUUGUGUUGUAAGGUGAUUGAUGUUUUGUGUGUGGAAAGUAAGGUGGAUGAUGCUUGUUCAUUAUGGAGGAAGCUUUUGAAGAAGAAUGUAACUCCUGAUAAUGUUGUAACAAGUACACUUAUUCAUUGGUUGUGUAAAGAGGGGAAGAUACAAGAAGCAAGGAAGUUGUUUGAUGAGUUUGAAAGGAGUUCAGUUCCUGGUGUUUUGACAUAUAAUAUGCUGAUUGCGGGACUUUGUGAGGCAGGGGAGUUGUGCGAUGCUGGAAGGUUGUGGGAUGAUAUGCUGGAAAAAGGAUGUACUCCGAAUGCAUUUACUUACAAUAUGUUGAUAAAAGGGUUUUGUAAAAUUGGAAAUCCUACGGCGGGGAUUAGAGUUUUGGAUGAGAUGUUUGAGAAAGGAUGUUUGCCUAAUGAUUCAACUUAUAGGAUAUUGAUUGAGGAGCUCUCUGGUUCUAAAUUGGAUGCUGAAAUUAUGAAGUUACUAUCUAUUGUUUCUGACAGGGGAGGGAAAAUUGAUGCAAGUUCGUGGGAAGUCAUUCUCUCGAAUGCUUUUGCUAAUGUGGAUACUGGGAAGGUUCUUGAGAGUAUUUUGCCGCAGGAUGUUUUACCAUGACUCGUCAAGCAGAAUCCCAACUUCAAAUACAUUUCUGUUAUUAGACCUGUCUUAACUUUGUAUGGUGGUAUGAAUAUUGUUGGGUUUAUUGGCAACCCUUUAAAUUAUUAAGCAGCUCCAAAACGGAAAGAAAGGAAGAGAACUGAAAUUGGACUUAAAGAUGUUUGAAAAUUUGCAGAACCUAAGCGAACAACUGAAAAUGCUGAAGCCACAACUGCCUCAGCUUCACGACUUCACGUGGAUACGUAAAAUUCCUGAAGGGUAUGAAGGUAAUAUGCUUCGUAGUGAGAAUAUAGCCUCUGAGCCCCCUGCACCCUUUGAAUAUAUAGCUGAAGGUGAUACGGCUGUAGUUAGUUAAGCUGAACCUCCUUAGGGCAUGUUUGGUAUAAACUUAGGAAAGGAAAUAAAUAAGAAGGAGAAAGGGUAGUGUUAGCUAUUACCAAUACUAGUUGUUUGGUAAUACCUUAUGAAAGGAAUCACUUGUAACAAAUUGGGGAUUGAGGAGAGUAACAAUGUUGUUAUCAUAGGGUUGGGAAAGGUAACAAAUGGUGGUAAUGGUUACCCUUAGGAAAUGGAUUGUGUUACUCAUACCAAACAUUAGGUAAUGGAAAUAGUUCAUUGAUUCCAUUUCCAUCACUUAAAAGCUCUAUACCAAACAUGCUCUUAGACUAUUAGACGCUGCUGGUUUGAAUCUCUCUGUUAGGGAGGAUCAUUUCUGUGGUGGAGAUGGUUUCAGACGAGGGAAGAAUAAGAGGGAGCUUACGAGUUAUGACAGGUCUAGAUAACCACUCUUGAAUUUCCAAAGCCUAGACAACUGGCUUUUAAUUUGUUACUUGAUGAUUAAGUGUGAGUCUCUGGUUGUUUCUGAAAGCCAUCUAGCAGGGAAGAAGCUUAUUCGGAAUGUAUUUAUCCAGACUUUAUAUGGUUAAGCCUCUAUGACUCCAUUGAUUUUGAUUGAGCUCAAGCCAAUCAGAUCCUCGAGUUGCUUAGGCAUGAGGAAGCGUCUGUUUCAAAGUUCAGUCAAGAAUAAUGCUGUUCAGGUGAUGGUUGAGGUUUGGAAAUGACAGUCGAGAUUCUGUAAUAAUCUGUAUCUGUUGUACUUAUUAGCAGAAAGUUUUGGCAUUCGAUUCUCGAGUUUGUCAUAGUGUAUAAUUUAUCAGUACUAUAGCUUCUCAUAUUUGUACCAAGCUAUUAAAAUAACUUAUAGUUAUAUUUCUGUUAUUGUCAAGUUAUGUAUGAACUUGAGUAAUUGAGUUACAUAAAGGAGGUUAUGUCAAAAAUGUUUCUUAUUGUACAAAAACUUAAAUAUUUCA